AUGUCUUCGAUACCCUCUUCUACAUGUCACAACGUCAAAUCUCUGGAUAUUGAACUUCAAAAUGGAUCAGGGAUUGAUAACAGUUCCAGCGACAGAUCGCCUCACCGACGCAUCCCUUUCUCUUUGCGCAAGGUUAUGUUCGCUCUGAUCUUGUGCGCUGGAUUUGGGGCUGUUGGGACAUUCAGCUGCAUGAUUGUUGGGCACGGUAUUCUUCAACCCUACAUGAGUGGGUUCUUUGUGUCCAUACAUUCUACCGCCAAAGUUGGUGCAGUGGGAGGAGCCAUCGUCAAUGGGCUGCUAUUCCCCAUCAUGAUAUCAUUUGCCGCAUCCCAGCCACCGGUGACAUCCCGAGUAUCCCUAGCUCUCCUCGCAGUUGCUCUCCCCACGACAAUAGCUUCUGGCUGUGUAGGCGCCGUCCUUCUUCAUCACAUUCCAGGUGGAACACUGGAUAUUCCCCAUGCAGUGGACGCAGGUGAUGUUGUACUUCUGCCGAGCUCAAUUAUCAGUCUCUCCCCUGAGCCUGCGGAUGUUCUCACGUUUGUUCUCGCACGGAAUGACACAUGUCAUUGUGUCUGUGAUUCAUAGGCUCAUCUUCUGCUUCUCAAGUGCAGGCAGUACAAAUCAAUAAAUAUCAAGUAUGUCCUGUGGGAAGGUUAUAGAAAAAUUCCAGGCUAUCUUCGGCGUCGUGUGUACUAUUUUGCUUAUAAUGCCACAAUCACCGCUAGGCCGAUUGUUCUAGGGUAUUUGUGAUUCGUGAACUCGCCACGGUUUUGCACUAAAGCUUCGACUGGUUUUCCUUCAAGUGUGAAAUGUACUUACUCUAGAUACGCACGUGAUCAGAUGUGGUGGACUGCAGUGUAUCUGAUUGAAGUCGAUCUGCUCUGACUGACUCCACAAGAGCAGUUUGGGCCUUAGUCAUUAAAACAAGCUUGGUACUUAAAAGAGUGUGCACACCCCGUGGGAAUAUAUGACCGUGGGAACGGU